CUCCUACAAAUUUCUUCCCUUUUUUUUCUCUCUACAAACUUACACAGCACAAAAAUGGUGCACUAUCAGAGAUAUAUUCAACUUAGAAAAGUAGUUAAUGUCACUUAUGUUGAUGAAGAAGAUGCAUGUGUUAACAUGAGUGCGUGUAACAAGAGAUCAAAGCCUAAACUUCUCUUCUUCCUCCUCUUCUGCACACUUCUUUCUUCGUGUUUGCUUCUUUCCCCUCACCUCCUUCCUUUCCCCACGUCACCACUCUCUCUCAUCUAUCCAGCUGGAGCUGAAGACGAAACACUUUCUGUUUCAAAAACUUCCCCUUGUUCUUCGGUCUCAAAUGGAACCAUAUGUUGUGAUAGGAGUAGCAUUCGAUCGGAUGUGUGUGUAAUGAAAGGUGAUAUUAGAACACAUUCUUCAUCCUUCUCCGUGUUCCUCUACACAUCCAAGAACUCCGGUGCCGGUGAACAGAGCUUGCGGCAAGAAAAAAUCAGACCCUACACUCGAAAAUGGGAGCCAUCCACCAUGGCCACCAUCGAUGAACUUACCCUUAUCGACAAGAAACCGAAUAGUUCAGUCUCCGAUGAUCGACACAAGUGCGAUGUAUAUCACGACGUUCCCGCGGUGUUCUUCUCCACCGGAGGAUACACCGGUAACGUUUAUCAUGAAUUCAACGAUGGAUUGAUUCCGCUUUACAUUACGUCUCAGAAAUACAACAAGAAAGUUGUGUUUGUGAUUCUAGAGUAUCAUGAUUGGUGGAUAACGAAAUACGAAAAUCUCCUCAAACAUCUUUCCGAUUUCGAACCAAUCGAUUUCAGCGGAGAUAAGAGAACUCACUGUUUCUCCGACGCCAUUGUUGGGUUGAAUAUUCACAAUGAACUCGCUGUCGAUUCAUCUUUAAUGGAUGGUGGCAAAACGAUCAAAGAUUUUCGUGACAUUUUGGACAAAGGGUAUCGUCCUCGAAUUCAGGGUUUAAUCUUUGAAGAAGAACACGAAAAAUCACAACUGAACAAACGAAUUAAACCCAUACGCCAACAACCGGAGAAACCAAAGCUCGUGAUCAUAUCAAGAAACGGAUCACGAGAGAUACUGAACGAAAACUUAUUAGUGAAAAUGGCAUCAAAGAUCGGAUUCUCAGUGACAGUGGUGAAACCACAGAGGACUUCCGAAUUAGCAAAGAUUUAUCGGGAACUUAACUCCAGCGAUGUCAUGAUCGGCGUUCAUGGAGCUGCGAUGACACAUUUCCUGUUCAUGAAGCCGGGAUCGGUGUUCAUUCAGGUGGUACCUCUGGGUACAAACUGGGCGGCGGAGACAUACUACGGCGAACCGGCGAAGAAGCUUGGGUUGAGAUACAUCGGGUAUGAAAUCCUUCCACGUGAAAGCUCGUUAUACGAUGAAUAUGAAAGUGAUGAUCCUGUUCUAAGUGAUCCAAAUAGUGUGAAUGAUCGAGGUUGGGAAUUCACAAAAAAGAUUUAUCUUGAUCGGCAGAAAGUGAGGUUGAAUCUUGUAAGAUUUAGAAAGCGUUUGAUUCGAUCGUAUAUUUAUACGAUGACGAAAAAGAACACCAACGACAUGGUUCGAUCACAGUGAAAUCGUUAACGAUUUGGGAAAUUUAGAUUAGAAACGGGAAUGGUUGUAUAAAUUUAGCAGAUUGAAUGUAUAUGAUACGUAGUAGAUA